UGUGGCCCCCAGCUAUCCCACGUCCCCAUCCCACUCUACUGCUUUGGUCCCCAGCUAUCCCACGCCCCCAUCCCACUCUACUGCUGUGGCCCCCAGCUAUCACACACCCCCAUCCCACUCUACUGCUGUUAUUCAUAGCUAACCUAGUCCUAUGUAAUUACACAGUAAAUAGCAGUAGCAGAAAAGUAGUGACAUCGUCAUUUCUAGGUAAUAACACAGUGACAGGGUUUAAGGUAAUUACACAGAUAUAUUUCUCAAUACGUUUUUUAAAAUAUAAUGUGUUGUUUUACUUAUUGUUUCAGAUGAGGAUAGUGUGUAAGGACGUGACUGCCGAGACCCUUUACGAUGUCCUUCAUGACACCAGCUACCGGAAGAACUGGGACAGCAACAUGAUCGACACCCACGAUAUCGGCAGGCUCACUGUCAACGCAGACGUAGGAUAUUACUCCUGGAAGUGCCCGAGCCCCCUGAAGAACAGGGACUUUAUCACUAUGAGAUCGUGGCUUCCUCUGGGCAACGACUACCUGAUCAUCAACUACUCUGUCAAACACCCGCAAUAUCCACCCAGAAAGGACUGCGUGAGAGCAGUGUCUCUACUGACAGGAUACCUGAUUCAGUCCAGCGGAGAAACCUCCUCCACUCUCUAUUACCUGACGCAGGUCGAUCCCAAAGGUUCCCUUCCCAAGUGGGUGGUGAAUAGAGCGUCUCAGUUCGUUGCACCGAAGGCCAUGAAGAAGAUCUACAAGGCCUGUCAGAAGUAUCCAGAGUGGAAGAGGAAGCACAACCCUAACCUGAAGCCCUGGAUUUAUCCCGAGCAGAACACCUUACCGUGUAUUAACGUGUCUGACCUUGUGCUACAGAGAGCCGACUCACUGGAGAACAUUGAUGAGAGCCGCCUGACGGAGGAGAAACAGGCACAACGUCACAGCGAUGACGAAGAGACCUAGUCUGAGUGAAGAAACUGUUUGUAUGUAAUUGUGUGGUUGUGUUUAAAAUGGCACCCUAUUCCCUAUAUAGUGUAUUACUUUUGUGCAGGGCCCAUUAGGCCCUGGUCAAAAGUAGUGCACUACUACCUAUAGGGCUCUGGUCAAAAGUAGUGCACUAUACAGUAUAGGAAAUAGGGUGCCAUUUGGGACACGCACUCUGUUGAGUUUGGUGUGUGUGUGAGAGAGAGAGUGUGUACAGUACUUAUAAUGUACAUGUAUGAUUGACUAUAAUUUUGAUCUGCAAAUUUGUCUUGUUGCGUUUAGCUGGUAAUUGAUCAAUAACUUAUUCAAUCCGAGGGGUUUAACAGGGUAUUUUCAUAUAGCAUGACAAAUUAGGGGAAAAGAUCUGACAUAUUCUUCAAAAAAAUGGACAACGUAUUUACGGUGCUAUCGCUCAAUUAAAUAGUAUAAUAUCUCAUUGAAAGUAAUAAUAGACUAAACCUUUGAGUAAAACUUUGUGUCUCUUUCACAAAAAAACGAAUUUGAAGACAAUAUUUCAAGGCCCUAUUCACAUUUGAUUUGACUAAGCUUUAAUUUGGCUCUUGGGGUGGUGUAGCGGUCCAAGACACUGCAUCUCAGUGCAAGAGUCUUCACUGCACAAAUCCAGGCUUCAUCACAUUCAGCUGUGAUUGAGAGUCCCAACGGCCGCACCCAACAUCGCCCGGGGUAGGUUGCCAUUGUAAAUAAUUAUUUAUUUUUAACUGACUUGCCUGGUUAAAUAAAAACAAAACAAAAAACACAGUAAGUAGCCUUUACCAAUACAGGCAGUCUACUUAAGUAUAUGUCCAGUUCUCUAGUGCCUCCCAGUGGCAGUAAUAUGUCAUAACAUUUCCUCAUCCCCCAGUGUUCCGGAAGCCAUGAGCUGUUAGAACAAUGGAAUGUCAAGUUUGUUAGGAAGUGAAUUAGCAUAAUGCACCAAGACAUGUGUUCUUUUGUACAGUGAAUGGCCCACUGAGGCUCCUAAUGACAGUCACAGGGGAGGAGAGAUGGCAGCAUAACCUGUUUGGAAUCAUUAUAAUCAGUCAUAAUCAGUCAUAGUUCUUUAUAACCUUAGGUGGUCAUGAAGCAUGUUUAGCUGUUAAAAGGUCAUUACAUCACUUAUACUUUGGUGUUGCCUGUUCUGACUGAAUAUCAAAGAUUAUGUCUUUAUGAAUGAAUAAAGUUAUCAUUAGGCAUGUGUUUUCAUUUAAUUCAAACAGUCUUUUUGUAGGAUUUUCUGACGUGUUUCCAGAAUGGAGCUGCAUCAUGUUCAUACUGACUGAUGUAAAAUAAAGAGAAGUUGUCUCCUGAUUUUAA